GAAAACGGGGAGCCGGUCGCUUAUAAACGCACUGACGGAGCAAAUGGAUCACUAGGGCGUUGUUGGUAUUGGCUGUGUGUGCGCGCCGCAGCCCUGACGUCCCAUUGUCGAGCAUGACCGCAGCAUGGCCGUGGCUCCUCUGCGCGCUCCUCGGAGCCGUGCACGCGAGCCCGUCGUCUGGUCGCGAUCCGGACCUGGGAUGCCCGGCACCCCGUUCGCCCGAGAACGGCCUGAGCUUCAUCUUUAACAGGGGCCGCCUGGUGCGCUACCGCUGUCACCCGGGAUUCACGCUACGUGGACACGGUCAGGCGGUCUGCCACCACAACACCUGGAAUAGGCCCGCCCCACUGUGCCUCGCCAAAAAUGCUACACGACGUGGCGGCGCAAGGUUGCCUCACCCUGGUGAGGAUAAACGCGGUGAGCGGCAGCCAUUCGAGUGGGACUCGUCGAAGGAAAGGUUGCCGCUUACCAACUGGAAGAAAGCGCAGCUCGGCGGCGAUCAACGGAUGAGGCAUCACGGCGUUCGCGGCUCCAGGGAAAGAGACGAAUCGGCAGCCGAACAAGUGCUCUCGCGUCACAGCGUCCAUUCAGCCGACAGCUGGCAGCACUUAAAGAAGGAGGAGGGCCACCACUCCCUGUCGAGCGCGGAGCAAGCCGACCGAGAAGAUGGGACGCUCACUGAAUCGGCUGAGCUGUCUGCUCCCAGAGAAGCAUUACGGAAGCAGUCAGACAUAUCUCGUUUCUGGAGGAGCCACUAUGGAGAGCACAGUGCGGAAGGUCUCAGCUCUGGUAACAAUGAAACGACGGGUCACAAGGCGGUCAGCCGCGCUUUCAAGAGAAGCUACCUUCACUCAGACGACGACUAUGACCUCGACGACGACGACGACAGUACGCAGUCUACACACAGGGGUGACAUGAGUCCCUACGACGACGACGAGGAAGAGCACGGUAGAAACAGUCCGCGUACCGUGACGUUCGAAAGGGGACCCAAGGGCGACCGGGAGCCGUACGACCCGAGUGCUUCGCGGUCUUCCCCCGUAGAUUAUUUUGGUCGUCCAGUGCAAGUUCUCAGCGGAGAAAAAGCGCACCAGCAGGACGCGCUGUUACGGCGCCAAUACGAGAUGGCCCAGCAGCACAGACGCGCCAAGGUAGAAGAGUUCAGGGCUCGUGAGGAGGUGCGAUUUGAACCACCUCCGCCUGACAACACGGCCGUGACGUCACGACCACUAGACUACUUCGGAAGGCCAGUGCAGGUGCACACGGGCGAGAAGGCAGCCCAGGCUGAGGCUCUUCUCAAACGCCAAUACGAGAUGGUACAGCAAAGGAUGCAGGACAACCAGCUGCAAGAGGUCCGCAAGCGUCCCGACGCCGAUUACUUCCCCAGACAGGGAGUGAGUGAGGACGCGCGGGAAUACCGGGGAGACAGGGAACCUCUGUCGGGAGUCACGUCGAGGCCUGUUGAUUACUUCGGCAGGCCAGUGCAGGUUCUCACGGGUGACAAGGCUGCCCAGGCCGAGGCAAUGCUGCGAAGGCAGUACGAGGAGUACCAGGCACGUCUGAGCAGUAGACCGAGUGAGCCGGACUACGCCGUGGGAAGACCGGUCGAGUUCAAUCGCAGACCCGUGCAGCCCGCGAGCUCGCCUCCGUUCGACCACUUCGGCCGGCCCGUGCAGGUUCUCACGGGGGAGAAGGCGGGCCAGCAGACAGAGCUUCUGCGACAGCAGUACGACAUGGCCCAGCGCGGUGCUGCUUUCCAGGAGGCGAGAGGCAGGCCGACUGAGGAGCACCGACACAGGCACCAACACGGCGAGCAAGGCACGAGCGGAGCCCUGAGGCUGAGCAGAGAGGACCUGGAGCUCAUGAGUCGGCUGUCGCCGCAGCUGCGCGCCAGCUUCGUGCGGGACCUGCGCCAGGCACGCAUCAAGGAAGAGACAGACCCGGAGAGGGCCAACCGCUUCCUCAGCCGCUAUCGCAGCCAGUCAGUGUCAGCAGACGAGAUGCUCGCCGAUGAGCCCACGGAGAGCACCACCGAAGACACCUCGUCAGAAACAUCGACCGAGUCGUCUACCAAGGCCACGUAUGACCAGAGCUGCCUGCAGGACCGCAAGCGUGGCCGCUCCUUCCUCAGCGCGCCCAAGGUGAAGCACGCGUACGUGUACAAGUACGAGCGCAAGGUGCUCGGCAAACCAGCGCAAAGCCACUACGUCCUGGCUCGCUACAAGUGCCUGCUGGGCUACACGCUCAAGUACGCCCAGGCGAGCGCCCUCUACUGCCGACAGCGGCAGUGGAUCGGCGAGCACCCAACGUGUGUCAGGAGCUCGACUCUUUCCGCCGAGCUUCAGUGACUCGUCGCACGACGCUCGUGCUGUGCCGCGUAGAAAAGUUGCUCGAGUACUUAUAUGGCUAGACCGAAAAAUUCAUCGUCGCAGGGAAUGCUGCCGGCCUGCACAUUCGUUUUACCGCGCGAUUCGAGAGCGCCACAGUGCGUCGGCGGCAAUGCUUUGAUGCCAAAUGGAAGCGUUCGUCUUUUUUAAUACCUCACUAAAGAGGUUCCAUGACACUCUUGUACAAAUACUGUUCGUGCACAAACAUGUGUCAUUGUGUGCAAAAAGAAACUCGCGGUGUAAAACUCGACUACAAAAAACACGCCACGCUUCAUGUACUUAUGCCAAGUGCCUUCGAGAUUCGCAGCUCCCUAGCUAAACGCGAUGCGUAGUACUUCCAAGGUGGCGUUGAAGCGCCUUCACUGCCCUCCGUGACCUCGCAUGCGUCAGAUUAUUUGUAGAAUGUUCGUUGCGUGCCAUUGUUCUUUCAGUGCAAAAGUGUAGUUUAUGUAAGGUGUUCUUGUCUGCAGUGUACAUACACAAAGGAAUUGCUGGGUCACAUAUCCUGAUAUUUUAUGUUUUAAAUGUGUGCUGACAACUCGCUGUGCUAUUUUCUUUCAUCAAAGCAGAAAAGUGCCUGUCAUUGCUUUGUGUCAACAUGGUAGCGAUGCAAAAAUAUUUAUUUACACUUGUAGAAUGUAUAUGUCCUGUGAGAAAAUAAACAGCUUGUGAAGCAAGUCAUCCGUCUGGUGCUUUGAUAAGGCUCACACGUCGGGCGGUUUGUAGGUCGUAGAAAUAAUUGCGGUCGGGACCUUUUGUGCAACUUCAUAAUGUGGGGCCCUUCAUUCAGCGGUGCUAUCUGUCUGGCCGUUUCCACGCAGCCUGAAAAGUAAAGUGUACUAGACUACUGAAAAGCAACGCGUGCUUAAGGGUCAGAAGAUGAAAUCAAAAAUAAAGACAAUGAAAGAUAAAAAAUCAGCUCCACUAACGUUGAAGCUUGGGAAGUGCGAAGCACCGGUGAUUCCCAUAGGGACACGUCAAUAGCAAUGAGGACAGCGUCCCCUCAUUGCUAGACAGCGUCACAGACAGCGUCGAGCGCCCAUCGCAGAAACAGGGCUUUCCCUGUGCGAACGCGCCGUCUUAUUUGCUACUUGCUUUACCGUGACGGGCUACGACGACAGGAUACGCCGACAGCACGAGCGCGUAAGGUGCUUCGCACCUAAAUAUGAUAACAGCGAAGGUAGACGUCUUCACGUACAUAGCCGCGGAGGACACCACACCGCAAGCCCUGGGAUUGAAUUACACAAGUUGCCACUGGUAAAAAGAUUAAGAACACGAAGAAUGCACACCAAAUUGACGCCCAUCUCGUCGAAGCCUGUCUAAACGUUGAAAGCGCCGGAGACUAAACCGCAAAAUUCACCUACGUAUCGCUGCAGUUACGGAGGAGGCUGCACAAUAUGCCACCAGCUAGCUAAAGCAAAUUGGGAAGACUUUUGUGGCAGCCUGAAAGGAACACAUGGCACAAAACGGACUUGGAAAAUCCUGAGGGCCAUUCUAGGUCCAACGUCGACCAAAAACCACAUGCACACCACUACCCAAAGGCUCAUUUACUUAGAAGAACAAAAAGGCACGGGCAUUAUGGCACACAUAAAAAAAUCUUUACAUUCCUCAGCCCCUACCGGUAGAUCCGAACGCACUCCCUUUAACACCCUCCGAUCAGGACGAGAACUUGGGUGUGGAUGUCACACUUGUGGAGGUAAAACAGGCCCUUGCUUGUAUUACACGGGACACUGCACCAAGACCGGACCGUAUAACAUACAAGGUCCUCCGAAAUGUGGAUGACAUAUAUCUACAGGAGCUGACGAAUCUCUUUAACGAACACUGGAGCAAGGGCACUCUACCUUGCGAUUGGAAGCAUGCCCAGGUUAAUAUGAUUCCCAAAUCGGGCAAAUCAUUACUUCUCCAAAUUUUACGACCCAUCUUCCUCACGAGUUCUGUAGGCAAACUUGUUGAGCACGUCGUUCUCCGGCGACUACAACCACAUUUAGAAGCUAAGAAUAUCUUCCCCAACACUCAGUUUGGCUAGCACCCCAACCUAUCGGCGCAGGAUGUCCUCCUGCAUGUUAAAGAUACCCUAUUUCAUCCCAAACUACGGACGGCCCGAACCAGAGCCAUUCUCGCAUUAGACAUACAAAAGGCUUUUGACAACGUAGGGUACGAAUACGUCCUCAGGACACUGGCCACUAGUGGCUGCAGCCGUAGGACCUGGCAUUAUGUCAAAGCCGUUUUGAAAAUCGCAUCGCCGAGGUUCUAUCAGGGUCACUCACAUCUACCGCUUUUACCCUCCCAAGCAGGGGCACACCCCAGGGAGUUGUCCUAUCGCCACUCUUAUUCAAUCUAGCCAUGGCCCCAUUGGCCGAAGAACUCGCAGAUAUACCUGAAUUACAGCACGCAUUUCAUGCUCAUAUGACUCUGUGGGUGUGACAAGGCUUUAUAUGUCAACGUCAUCGAGCUGCAUAUUAGCACAAUGGGACUCUACUGUUCACCAGAAAAGUCCGAGUUACUCACAAUUAAACAAUGUAGCUUAGUAUAACUGAGAGCUGAGCUGGCUCGUAAAUAUUCAUUCUGAAAGACAGGGCGUGCAAACACGGGCACACGGAAGAAGUCAGGACACCACAAACGCCGACUAACAACUGCAAAGGCGCACAACGGCGAAAAAGAAAGACGGCACGAAAGCUUAUCUGCGCAUGCUUAGGCUGUAGGCAAACUUAUCAAUCCGGCACGUGUGGUGGUCUACGUGGAAGAUAACUGUUAAGGCAUUUGAUUUCAUCCUUAUGCAAGUUAAACGACGUUUGGCUCAAGCAUGCGCUGCCACUAUUAUCGGUAUGCCAUGCCUCAAUCAUUAGACGCGUUUCUUCGUUCCUGUGCCUGUACAAAACAUCGAAUUUUGGCGUGCACUUACACUCUCGACAACAUAAAGAGAGAUUAGAAGGUAAGCCUCUGGUGAGCGAUCUCUUAUGUUCUAAUAAUAUAUCGUUAACACAAGGGCCCGUCUGGCCUAUGGAGAAGCGGCCGCACCUUAUACACCACACCUGUAAAGUAAUCAGUGAAUUUGUUGGUGUGUUUUACGAACCACAUGUCACUCCGCUUCUUGUCCACUACUCGCUCAUUCUUUCUCUGCACAGCGGCACAAAUCUUACGCAGCUUACUGGCAGCCGUAAAAACAACAUUAACGCCGUAUCUAUUUCUCACUUUCUUUAGCCUGUGAGAUGCGCAAUGAAUCUAAGGGAAAGCAACGACACGUUUUUUCCUACUGCUUUCUGCAACCAUGCUCGGACUUAACAAAACGGACUUCUUUAAACGUCCAGCGACAGUGGCCACUGCAACGCGAGGACAACCUACGUCUAAAAGACGCAUAGCCUGUGCGUUAAAGCUGGCACUCAUUUUGUGCUCACACGACUCGGUGAGGGAGCAUGUCUAUACCAAUUGGUAUCACCUUAAAAUGCUUCGACGAAAAGUUUAACAGCGAUUUUGAAGAUCUAGGAGGAUGCUGCCAGCAUACAUGGUUCUUCUGGAACGCUAAGGAAAUGUCUAGAAAUUAUAUUCCAUUAUUCUGAGGCAAUUCAUUAGUAAAGCUCAGCCCUCCUCCAUUUAAUCCAAAUUUUUCGCUCACUGAGGUAACCACGGAUCGUCACGGAUGCAAAGUCCUCACCGCUACAAAAAAUCAAGUAAUCGUCCACUUAACGAAAAACCUUAAUACAGUAAAAGCUCGUCAUCAAAAUUUUUUGACAGUUUGUUAGGAGCGGAAAAGAUUACAGCUUCACCAGCGCGCGAAAGGUAUAUUGGACAGUCUGGUGGGUGUCUGAACGACAGGCUCAGGGAGCACAAGAACCUUGUUGGAAAUACUCUCGUUUCAGGCCACUUAUCGUUGCACUGUUGUCAACCGCUUUUCAGGCAGUGUUCGGGGAUUAGGCAAGAGAAGGGCACCCGAGAACUAAUAAUAGAAGCUUAUGAAACUGAUUGUCCAAAAGAAAACUGCGUGAGCGCUCCUUCCGUGACGCUAUCAGAAAAUAUGAGCCAUAGGCAGAGUGCAAUAUGAUGAGUGUUUUAUUCUAACUUUGUUUCUUGGUGCUUGGCUUAAGGGGCCUGUCGUUGGCUUGUGAAGCCCAUGUUUGCUCCAUCAGAAAUAAAGUGUCAGUUGUAGUUCA